AUGGGGUUCCAGGUUGAACUCGGAUGGGGUGGUCUAGAUAGUAUCCCAAGACACAUGCAGUUCUUCCUCGCCGCCAAUACUGUGCUUGCGCUGAACGUGCUGCUGCUCACUCUGCGAAUCUGGCGUGCUUCAGUAUCGGUGGGACCCAAGCUGGAACAGUGUCCACACGCAAGCGCAAGCAGAGCUACGGACGUCAUUCGCCGUCAUGUAUUCCGUAUCGGCGGCCUCCUCAUAUUCGUGCUCAAGAUAGCCCGGCUUGCAGCCCUCAUCGCACUGCUUAGCCUUGUUAUCGUUGCCGCUAUGAACAGGGCGUGGCUAUUGCUUGACACUAUCCUGGUAGAAGUUCUGUCCUUCGCCGUCGUCCUAGCGUUCGCAAGUGUACUCGUGCCUGCCCGCACAGCACUAACACUCUCCCCUCACCUAACUGUUAUCGCGUGUACUAUCUUCGCGACGUAUGCGUACCGGGACAUCUGGCCUCUAAUGACCUACAAGCUUCGCCCGCAAGACGAAAGCGAGGGCAAGCUCGUUUGGGCAAAGGUUGCUCUUGCAGCGUGGGCAGGCUUCCUCAGCCCUAUCCUGGAGCCGUACCCUUACGUCCCAUCUUGUCACGAGAGCCCCGAAAAUGGCAUAAAUGCCGAACAGACAGCGUCAUUAUUCUCGCGGGCAUUCUUUACUUUCCUCGAUCCCGUCAUAUGGCGCGCGUUCCAUGCUUCGCGUCUCUCGCAUGAGGAGCUGCCGCCGCUGACCGACUAUGACCAAGCUAAAUACUUGACAGAGCAGAGUUUCCCCCAUUUGGACCCACUUUCCAAUGCAGGGAAGACGAGCCUGCUUUGGGCGAUGCUCAAGGUCCUCCGCAAACCUGUCUUCUGUCAAGUUGCGUGCAUCCUGUGUAUGGCCCUAGUCCGCCUGGCGAGUCCAAUCGGCGUUAACAGGCUCUUGAGCUUCCUGGAGAACGACAGAGAAGAUGCCUUCGUGCAACCCUGGGUCUGGAUCCUGUGGAUUGCGCUUGGGCCCAUCGCCGACACCGUCCUGAAGCAGCAGAACACGUUUUUAUCUACGCGCUCGCUGGCGCGCAUGGAAGCGGUUUUCACUGCGCUCAUCUUUGAGCACGCGCUGCGGCUUCGCAGUAAGUCUGGCGUCGCAGAUUCUGCGAAUACCCAACCGCCCGACACAAAAGCCGCGUCACAGAACGCGACUAGCAACGACUCUGGCAGUCUCGUAGGCAGGAUUAUGAACCUGGCGACUAGUGACCUGGACAACAUCACUGCUGGUCGAGAUUUUCUGAUGCUAUGUGUUGGCGUCCCGGCCGAGAUGAUAUUCUCCCUAUGGUUCUUGUACAUCAUCUUGGGGUGGAGUGCACUCGUAGGGUUCGCCGUCAUGGCCGUACUAUUCAUUGUCUUCAAGGAUAUAGCAAGUUUGUUGACAUACGCGCAGAGAGAGAAAAUGAAGGCGACGGACGAGCGCGUACAACUUGAAACAGAGAGCAAGUCGUUGAGUGUCAUCCGUAUGAUUAAACUCCUUGGGUGGACGAAGCGUAUCGAGCAGAAACUUGAAGAGAAAAGAGAACAAGAGCUUAUCUGGGUCUGGAGAAGGCUUAUGUAUGGAUUUGUCAACUUCAAUGCCAACCAGCUCAUCCCUGUUUUGUGCAUGAUCACAACAUAUUCGACAUACACUUUGCUGAUGCAUCGGAGCUUGACGGCGUCUAUCGUAUUCUCCUCUAUUACCGUGUUUAACAACAUUAGGCAGCUCAUGGACAGGGCAUCUUCGAUCCUAGGUCCGGUAACCGCAGCGUAUAGUUCCAUUGGGCGUAUUCAGCAAUUUCUUUCGAAUAGCGAGCUCCUCGAAAUCUUUUCGCACCAUGACAAGCCCACCGAAGACGUCAGCAUAGCCCUAACUCACGACCAAGACAUCGGCUUCGGCGAAUCAGAGUUCUUGUGGUCGACAGCAUCGACUGACGGACCGCAGAGGUCGUUCUGCCUGCGCGCCGCAGGAGACAUCAUUUUCAAGCGAGGCACCUUCAAUGUGGUGAAAGGCCUGACGGGGGCGGGGAAGACAUCGCUACUGAUGGCACUGCUCGGCGAGAUGCACUGUACUCCUGUAGGUUCGGAUUCGUGGGUCAGCCUGCCCAGGGAGUGCGGUGUCGCGUAUGCCGCGCAAGAGUCAUGGGUUUUGAGUGAUACAAUCAAGGAGAAUAUCUUAUUUGGGUCGCCUUAUGACAAAGAGAGGUAUAAUAAAGUGAUUUACCAAUGCGCACUAUUGAGAGACCUCGACAUGUUCGGCUCUAAAGACGAGACCGAAGUCGGUGAGAAGGGCAUCACGCUUAGCGGAGGACAGAAGGCACGCAUAACACUUGCCCGCGCCGUUUACUCCACAGCAGAAAUCCUCCUGCUUGAUGACGUAUUGGCUGCACUGGACGUGCAAACGUCCCGUUGGAUAGUAGAUCAAUGCUUCAAGGGAGAUCUCAUGAAGGACAGAACUAUCAUUCUAGUGACCCAUAGUGAUGCGUUGACCGCACCGCUAGCUGCAUCUGUCGUGUCGAUAACAGGUGGCGAAGUGCACAUCCGAGGGAGCAUGCGGGACACUUAUGAGCCAGAGCCGAAGGUGGAGACGGCAAGGCUGUUUACUUGCUCAGAAACCACGGAGCUAGACGGAAGCACGGACACAGAAACGAAUCAGGUCUUGCCUGGUUCACGAGAGGAUAAGCUCGUGGAACCAGAAGAAAUCUCCCUCGGCCGCAUCAACCGCAAAGCUUAUAGAAUGUAUCUACGCAGCAUGGGUGGGAUCUUUCACUGGCUCAGCUAUCUCAGCGCAGAGACCAUCGCCCAGGUGUUCAGCAUUCUGCAGACCUGGUGGCUUGGCUGGUGGGCGAAACAAUAUGCUACGAAAAACGAUGUCGACGCGCCCUACUAUCUCGUCAUGUAUUCGGCCAUCGUGGUUGUGACGACUAUCUUUUUCCUAACGCAGUCUCUCACGGACUCUUGGGGAAGGAUUAGAGCGUCGCGCGCCAUCCACCGCGAGCUUGCAGAGUCAGUCCUGGGCACUACCUUCCGUUGGCUAGAUGUUACACCUACCUCUCGGGUCAUCACGCGAUUCACUCAGGAUAUCCAGGCUGUCGACGGUGCUAUCCCGCAAGCCAUCAAUAUUCUUACCAACACAUUCCUCGCCAUGGCGAUUAAGUUCAUAGUAGUAUUCAUCUAUGCCCCGAUCCUGUUGGUGCCUAGUCUUCUUGUGGUGUGUCUAGGCGCGUGCUUCGGGAGCAUAUACAUCAAGGCACAACUUUCCGUCAAGCGCGAGCUGUCCACUCGCAAGGCUCCUGUGUUGGCCGUCUUAAGUAGCACAAUGCAUGGCCUUGUCUCAAUCAGGGCAUAUUCGGCGCAAAACCACUUCAGGGGGCAGCUGCUUCGGCGAGUGAACGACUACACCCAGGCGUCGAGGAUAUUUUGGUGCCUGAAUCAAUGGAUUGCCGUCCGUCUUGACAGUCUCUCUGCCCUUUUCGCGGCUACUAUAGCGUGGUACCUGGUGUAUGCCUCGUCUAUCGGCCCGUCAGGUGUCGGCUUCGUUCUUGCUAUGGCCGUAUCGUUCACCGACCUAAUCCUAAAUCUGGUCAACUGGUUCAACCAACUCGAGGUGAACGCCAACAGCUUGGAACGCCUUGAUCAAUACAUCCAUAUCGAGCAAGAAUCCAAAAACGGCGACGCACCUCCGGCAUAUUGGCCUGCGAGCGGCAACCUGCGUGUUGAAAGACUGUGCGCGUCAUACAAUGUCGAUGGGUCGAAAGUUCUGCAGGACGUUAGUUUCAACGUGAAGAGCGGCGAAAGUAUCGGCGUCGUGGGGAGAACUGGUGCCGGAAAGUCAACAUUAACACUGGCACUUCUUCGCUGCAUUCAAACUGGAGGCGUCGUCACCUUCGAUGGCGUUCCUACUAACUCUAUUACGUUGGACACACUACGUUCGAGUAUCACUAUCAUACCCCAAGUGCCUGAACUUCUUAGCGGUAGUUUGAGAUACAACCUCGAUCCGUUCGACCUACACGAUGACGCCACCCUCAAUGGCGCGCUCCGUUCUGCAGGGAUGUUCUCGCUGCGACAGUCCGACGGCGCGAACUGGAUCACUCUGGAUACGAAGAUCACGGGCAGUGGUACGAACCUUUCGGUUGGUCAAAGACAGAUCAUUGCACUGGCCAGGGCGAUCGUGCGCCAGAGCAAGCUGCUAAUUCUCGACGAGGCAACGUCCGCUGUUGAUCACUGUACUGAUGCCGCCAUUCAAAGAUCCCUUCGCGACGAGCUGAAACGAGGUGUCUCUGUCAUAACAGUGGCGCACCGGCUGCAGACCAUCAUGGACUAUGACAAGAUCAUGGUACUGGAUGCUGGUCGCCUGGUCGAGUUUGAUACGCCGAAGGCGCUUCUAGAGAGGAAAGACGGAACGUUUUAUGCUCUGGUCGAGAGCGACCAUAAUAAGGACGCGCUCUACGCUACCGCUGUUAGCCACUGA